AUGUCUCCAACGUCGUUGGCAGGCGGCAGGCUCCACUAUAGGAGGCUGGCUACGGCAAUAUUGAAACUCGUCGUUGAAUUGGCUGUUGAGGCGACCUUCUGGCCACGGCAAACAUUUAGCCAGGGUAAUUUUAGCAAGGCUGUGUUCUUUAGCGCACCAGUGCUGGGAAGCGUCGCCGCACAGGCGCUUAUCGUGCUCGAUUGGCUUGCCCCUGGGGACAUGCGUGCUUCGAGAAAGAUAGAUCUGCAUAUCCCGGCGCGCCACCUUCCCGUGCUCGAGUUGCUGCACGCACACGUUCGCUCGCCAGCAGCCAUCUGGUCGUUCGCGCUCACGUUCUCACACGCUGCUUGUGCACCACCCUGGCCUCGACUCGGACUGCGUUGCGACAUCUUCUGCACCUGCGCAGCCCCCAGCCAGCUCUCAGCACGCCGUGCGGCGACUUCCUCGUUCUCUGGCUCCGACGCACGUCACAAGUGCCAAGUCGGUAUUAGCGCGCGUUCCUGGCCAGCUCCGAUCCUGCCAACUGGACAUCCCGGUAUUGUUGGGGCAAAGGAGCGAUUCACCUUCCUGGAGCCUCGAUCCGCUUUCUUUUCCCGCAACGUUUCUCUCCUGCUUCUCCACACCAGCAGCGAUACCGAGCAGCCUUUCGCCUAUCGACUGCGAAUUGCGAGCCGCACCAUUCCACCACAGCCGUUUACCACAAGCACCCCUUCGCUCUGGCACGCCCAUCGCAGACACGCCCGAUAG